AUGGCAUUCGCACAAGGACACAUGGCAACUGCGGAGAAGAGAACCAGUACAUUAAUUGUUCUUUCGGAAAUAUCCGAAAUCACCCGAACAUCCGGCAAUUUUCAAUUUCCUCGUUCCCUGCCGGAUCAAGAGAACCGUACUGCUGCUGCCGCCACUGCCAACCAGGCACUCAUUGCCCUUCUCGCCAGGUUGAAUCAGAUGGUUGAAGAGGUUCUCCGGUCCCGGUCAGAAGAUGAGAGGAUGAGGUUGAGCAGAGCCAUUGCAUCUCAAAUGAAUGAUGCCAUUCACUCCUACUGGACGACAGCUACCUACAUCCCCCUUCGCCUGCUCUCUAUGGCAGCUGAGAUUCAUAGAGCUCAGGGGGGUACCACGCGAUUGGUUCAAGUACUGGAUUGGACUCGUGUUGGCAACAAUGAGGACAUUUGCCGAGGUCAUCUGUUAUACCCUAAGACAUUGGGUCCUGCUCCCACUCCACCAACCACUACCGCUGCACCAACACUGCUAUCUGGCCCUCCACCGGCACCGGUACCGGCACUUGCACCUGUAGCCAAACCUGCACCGGCACCUGCUCCUGUACCGGCACCUGCUCUCAGCCGGCACCUGCUCCUGCCCAUCAAGACCACGCAAACGACAAUUCAGCGCGAGUCCCCCACGUCAGGUCAAGAGGGCCCGGAAGGCUAUCCCCAAGUCGAAGCCACUCCCAAGGCGAAGGGAAAAGGAAAGGGAAAGGCGAAGGUGAAGGCAAGGGCAACGUCACUGGAUCGCGAUAACCGGCCAAUGAUCAACAAGAAUUUACCAACCAUUGUCAUUACCACUCGGCCAAUGCUGCCCCCUCCAGACCAGAAGAAGAAGGCCGCUGACUCAGAGGAAUAUGAACCGGAGGAGGAGGAGGAGGCGGAUGAAGACAAUGCAAUUGAGCCUUCUGGGACACGGGUCAAACCGGGCGAGGGACGAUUACCAUCCAAGUCCGGUACAGAUCAUACCAGAACAGCCAAGGACAAGGCAAAGACCAGGGGCAAGCGUCCACAGCCGAAACCCAUUGGUACGCCUCUCCUACCAUGCAGGAGAUGCACAAUUAUGAAGGCCAAAUGCGAAAGCUGGUUGACCAAAAGGGGCGAGGUCGCCCAUACUUGCAUUCUUUGCAGCAAGUGGAGGAUGAAAUGCAUCCGGCUGGAUGAUCCGGUCCUACCGGCCACAGCCAUCGUCACUCGCUCCAAGACGACCGGAAAAACUAAGACCAUUGGGCAGUCAAAAAACAAAGGCAAAGUCGUCCAAACUCAGCGUCCCAGUCCUAUUCCGGAGGAACUGGAUGUCGAUGUUGAUAUGACCGAUGCCCCUGCACUCACCGGCACCGAACAUCCUGGCACUGCUACCGAUGCAGGCCCUGAGGUAUCUGUCGAUGAUUUUUCGACGGAUCGAUGGAUCGAAGCCAUGGAUGAAACUACCCUGCCCCCAGCACCAUUGAUAGAGACACUGGAUGACAUCCGGUACUCGCCAGGACUAUCCUCAUACUCGAAGACCCGCCUCUCCUGUCGACAUUUCUGUACCUCGUCAGACUCCCCAAUGGAUGCCCUCCUGGCACAAAUUCAGAUCGACAUGGAUCAGCUCCGGACACGUGACGACAUUAUUCAUGAUGAGCUGUCCCAUCGUAUCGACUGGCUGCAAGCCGGCUUUACAAACGAAUUAGCCUCCCAGAAGAGAGUGGUAGAUCAGUUGACUUUUCAGGUCAGUGGUAUCGCCCGGUACCUCAGCAACAGCCACAGGGACACCACAGCAGCCGGUUCAACUCCACCAGCAUUCAAUCCGCCACCCAUUGUCAUCCCUGAUACCCCCACAUUCCCUGACUUUGGCUCAAUCAGCGCCUUGGGUCGUUCCAUCACCAACAAUGUCUUCACUCCGGAUGUGUUUUUGACCAACACGUGUCCUGUCGGAGAUGGCUCACCAGUCGCAAGGCAUGAGCAGGUACCUACACCCUCCACCUCUACCAUCAACCCUGUCCCCACCAUGGGGGAAUCCGGUCCACACAGUCAUCCGGUUAGUGCACUUCCGGUAUCGGCCCCUACUGUCCCAAUGGCAUCUAUGCCCUCCACUAGUACCCUUCGCACCAUGCUCACCGGGCCACCACAUCUGCCGGCAGAUGGUCGGUCAAAUGUAUUAGAUGGUGUAUUAGAUUGUCCGGUUCAUUAUACCGGCCGAUGGGCUUGUGAAAUGAUUCAUCAACCGGAUAAUGUAGCUACCGGAUCAUGGGCCGAUCUCCGGUGUAUAUCAUUCGUCCGGCUCGGUCGUUUCCAUUUUACACCGGAUUCGCUAUUCAAUAAGAUUCCUCCCAUCCGUGUGUCUUGGGUACACACAUUCACCCGGCCCACUCGUAUCUCAUGGUACAAUUAUGUCCAUGGGCCCACAUGGGAUGGCCCGUUCCCAACGGGGCUUGGCAACGCAGAUUUCGCCAGCUUUAAAUAUUUUGCAUUGGUGAUAGGAUCUGUACUGCAGUAG